AGGCGUUGGCGCCUCGGUGUAGAGAGAGAGAGAGAGAGAGAGAGAGAGGAAGGGUGACGACUUGGCCUGGCAGGCAGUGGCAGUGGCACACUGGCACCACACACUCUUAUCCACAGCGGGGGUGCGUGCGUGUGUCCAAACCUUCUCCACGCGUUCCUUCCCUCCAUUUCCACUCCCUUCCAAGAACCAAGGGAGCCAGCCUCCCCUUGCAGAGAAGAGAAGCUCCGGGGAGUAGCAGCAAUGUCUCUGGCUCCCUCCAUCCCUUCCAUCAAGGUGAAGGUGGGAGGCGUCGCGGUCUCGUCCCCCCACCGCCACCGGGCAUGCAGGUCGUCGUUCGCCGUGAUCAGGAGCUCCAAGGCGGAGGGGGGACCCAGGAGACCCGCCGCGCCGCCGCUGUCGCCGCCGCCGCCUAUGCCUCCCAAGGCGCCGGCUCUGUCCACGCCUCCGACGCUGUCCCAGCCGCCGACCCCGGUGCAGCCGGCUGCCCCUCCGUCGUCGUCGCCGCCGCCGCCGCAGGAUUCUGAGCCGAAGCCGGCGGCGGCCCCGGUGGCUGUGGCGGCGCCGCCAGCGGCAGGGUCUGUGACGUUGGAGUACCAGAGGAAGGUGGCCAAGGAUCUGCAGGACUACUUCAAGCAGAAGAAGCUGGAAGAGGCUGAUCAGGGUCCCUUCUUUGGGUUCGUGGCCAAGAAUGAGAUUUCCAAUGGAAGAUGGGCUAUGUUUGGGUUUGCAGUAGGGAUGUUAACAGAGUAUGCAACCGGCUCAGAUUUUGUUCAACAAGUGAAGAUCCUUCUCUCCAAUUUUGGAAUUGUGGAUUUGGACUGAUCGCAGGUGUUUGACGUUAUUGUUCUGUAUAACUAUGGAGUACAAUGUAUCUUUUUAUCCAACAUAUAGAAAGAUCAAUCUUGCACAUUGUUAUACCCUUGACUUCAUUUGUGCUGGCCUGUCAGUUCUGAUGAAUGUGAAAUCCACUUUUCAGUU